AUUGACUAUUUCUCCUUCUCACAAGCAGCACUCACAGCUUCACAGCAGCAGCACGACCUCAUCAGCAGCCAUCACUCUCUCUCUCUCUCUCUCUCAUACGUUCUGGUACUCAUUAUGGAGUUCUCUAACACUUAUAGACGUGAAUUUAUACAAUUUUUUUCUUUUCAAAGUUGUAUAUUUGCACAAAUAUGUUUCCUUCCCUACAACUUUGAAAUUGAAACCUAUAAGGCAGCACCAUGAUGUACGCAUCAUCUGAACUGUAAAUAUCUCAUUCUUGGUGUGCUUUUAGUUUUGGUUUCCUUCUCUUUUGGCCAUUUUAUUAGACAUUCCUAAAUCACAACACCCUGUUUUGAUUAAUUAUAUUAUAUUAAUUGUAUAUAUUUUUUAAUUUAUUUAUUUAUUUAAAACGGAGUACAUUAAAAGAUUAUUAAAAUUAAAUUUGGAGAUAAUUCUUAGUUAAUUAAAUACCGUUCCACUUUGAGAAUAUAAUGGAAAGAUUAGCAAAAUGUUCCCAACAAUUAUUUUUUGUUUGUGAUAAAACUAAAUAAAUUUUCUGAUACCCUUAAUUCAAUUUUGUCAUCAUCUUUAUUCACUUGCUAUUUUAAAAAAAAUUAUUAAAUAAAUUUCAUAUAGAACUUUUACUAUAUAAUGGAUUUUUAAUCCAUUCCUAUUGCUUCAAAAUUUCUCUACUAUUGUGAAAGGAACGCUUUGUCAUUGUAGAUGAUUUAAAAGGAUUAGACUAAAUGUGCUUGAAGUCAAUCCCGUUCAACAAUGUCAAAUCCUAUUAUUAAUAUAUAUAUAUAUUGAAACAAAUACGAACACGUGAAUUAAAUAAUUUUUUUUCAAAAAUUAGGUAAAAUAAAAAUAAAAAUUAAAUUGCGUGUCGAAAAAAUAUAAUUGUAUAGAUUUUAUUCCAUACCUGUGGCACCUACCUUUGCUUGCUAUUGUAAUAUUACAAAGGAAAUUUAAGAUUUUCUUGUUGCAAGGCCUAGAGACUGUUUAAUGCUUAUUUAAAGGCCACAAUUUCUUGACCGUAGACACAGGCAGUGUGGUGCAAAUUCUAUUUAAUUAAAGGGCAAUCCAUAUCCAUGGCUUUAGCCAUUUUUUGGCUAAAAAAUCUCUAGUGCUUCAUUAUUUUUAGCCAAUACGUACGAGAUGCAAAUUGUUUUUUGUCCAGCCGAAUCAAACAAGAGGGAAAGUUAUCAUUUAAUUUUAUCUUGGAGCCAUUAUCUCCAUGUUAAGUUCCUCUGAUUUAUUUAUUUAUUUAUUUCCUUUGGGUAGAAAUAUAUAUUAGUUGUACCUGCAAACAGGCAACCAGCUGGUUGAAGAAAGAAUGGAUGUUAUUGAGGCUGCAGAGAUCGACAUUAGAUCGUUGGUAGAUCUUCUAGAUGAGAAGAGAAAGCAUCACUCUACAACACCACCGAGCAAGUCAAGAGCGUGUUCCAUCUUCAAAGUUCCAGACAUCCUACUCAAACAAAAUGAAAGAGCUUACGUUCCCACUGCAUUCUCAAUCGGACCCUUGCACCAUGGCAAAACUACUGAGCUGCAAAUUGGAGAAAAAAUCAAAUGGUACUAUUUCUGCCGUCUUCUCAAUCGAAGACCCACUCCAAAGACAACACUAAAUGAACUCAUCAACUCCAUCUUCGAAAAAAAGGAAGAAAUGUGCGAGUAUUAUGAUGUAAAGAUCCAUCAAUACUUCAACGGCAUGGAACAAUAAGAUUUGACGGUUGCUUCAUCGUUGAGUUGCUGUGUAUGGUAGGAGGUGAAGGGAACAUUGAUAAGGACGACCCACUAUCUAGCAACCCUCGUAUGCUCGCAUUGCUAACAAGUGACUUGUUUUUGCUGGAAAACCAAAUACCUUGGCUGGUGGUCGAACACUUCUUCAAAAUCAUCAAUCCCCAAAUUCCAAGCACAACUCUGUCCCAUCGGUGGCCGCGGCAGCGGCAACUGGAUAUACUUGCCGUCAAAUUUACGGAUUAUAUUUUACCUUCUGCAACAAUAAAUGAUAUAGUCCUUCCAACAGAAAACGUAGCUGAAAGCUGCUUGCAUCUACUCGACCUUUUUAGGAUUUUACUGGGCGGCACCAUUACAGCCCCUUCAGAAGAAUCCCAAUAUCUUCCAUUCUUUGGAGGGUUGAAGACAAAAAUUCCUUCAGCGACAGAUCUUGUGAAGUCCGGAAUUAAAUUCAAGGCCAUCGUGGAUAGAAGGCCUUUAAACUUCAAAAAUGGGGUCUUGGAAAUCCCACGAUUUCGAAUUUUACAAACAUCAGACAUCACACUUCGAAAUCUUGUUAGCUUCGAGCAGUGUUAUCCUCAUUGCAUUUCUUGGGUUUCUUCUUACAUCCACCUCAUGGAUUCCCUCAUUAAAAAUACCGAGGACGUGGAGACAUUGUGCAAGAGCGGUAUUUUCGAAAGUUGGUUGAAUGAUGAGGAGGUAACCCAUUUGGCAACCCAUUUAUUCCGCAAUAUUUGCAGCGACACCGGGCUGAGAGAGUUCUGUUACCAUGAGGUCUGCAAGAAAGUGAAUCCAUGGUGGUGCUGAGAUGGCGAGCAACGUAUUUGCGCUUUUUCGGAACUCCCUGGGGAAUUCUAACGCAGCUUGUCACCGCUAUUGCUCUUACUCUCACUAUCGUACAGACAUUUUAUACCAUUCAUUGAGAUAAAUCAAUAAUGCAAGUGUGCGCGCGUGUGAAUCCAUGGUGGUGCUGCACAUGGGUAUGCACCAUUUUUAAUCCACUGUUUGUCCUUUUUCGCAUUUGUGUGAUUCAUUAGAUUGUUUUGUGGAGGUGAAUUAAUUGGUUUAAUUUUUAUGAACACCCAAUUCAAGGCUCUCUCAGCCUCCAAAA